AUGGAUGAGAAAGGCACGACAUGUCCUAUUACAAAUGCAACUGUUAUUGCGACAACCAGUUUGAGACCGACAGUGCCAGAUAGACAAGCUUUUCAGCAGGAACUUCGUAAUUAUAAUCAGAGUAUUAGCGAAACGGUCGCGAAGAUCGAUAGAAUUAUAGGAAGGAACAACACUAUUGGAACUUUGAAUAUGUUAAAGCAGAGCAAGCAAGAACCUUGCAAAAGGAGGGAACAAUUGAAGGUUGAGGCUGAUGGAAUGAAAAUUGAAAUUAAUGAAAUCAAAAAACUGCUCACAGAAAAGAAUGCAUUAUUGUCCGAUAUAGAAAAUGAUUUGGUCUACAAGGAUGAAAGCAGAUUGACAGCACGUUUGGAAGAAUUGGAGAUUGCAUACUCUCAAACGAAGUUCACUUCUAGUCGUACUGAAAAAGCACUUGUUAAGGAAAUCGAUAAACUGAAACGGAAUCGAGCCAAAUUAGCGAAAUAUAAUAUUAUCAUGGAAGAGAAAAGAGUUAUACAACUCCAGUUGUGUGGAAUCAAUGAAAGGCGUAGUAAUGUGCUGAAGUCAAUCCGUGAAAUAACAAGUCAGCUUGAGACAACUGAUCGAUAUAUUAGACAGCAAAGGCGGAAUUUCUUACAUCUUAAAGACAGUUUAUGCGAUUUGCAUGCUAAAAAAAAGAAACUGGUGGAUAGUUACAACAAGAAGCGGGCGGAAUACAUCGACUGGUCAAAUAGAAAUAAAAAAGAUAUACAAUGUUCUUCCAUAAUUUGUUCGAACUAUCCAUAUCCAGCGACAUACCCAACGACUCAUCGCCAACAGUCUUAUGCUGACUUUGUUGAUGAAGACACAUUGGAACCGUUUUAUGAACAGAAGAUGGCAUGUAAAAGAUUAAUUGAAUACUUAACUUCACUACAGUCACGGAUGCCCGUGGAAUGUUUUUCAUCAGCUUGUGAUACAGUUGAUAAAACAUGUAGACAAAUGAUUGCUGAUGGUAGUGAAGAUUCAGCUGAGGAAUAUCCGUUAUCUUUUUCCGCCCUGAAAAUACAUCCAUCAUUACCGGUUGAGCAGGAAUUUGGAAAAGAAACAUCUCUUACUAACGUUUUGAAGAAAAAAAAUUGCAAGAAGUCUUCGAAGAAGCCAUGUCAGAAAAUAAGUCAUCCAAUGCAAAUGUUAUGCUUCUUUAAAGAAACUGAGAUACCAAUACCUCAAACCUAUCGCGAAAUUGAGCACACAUUGAAUAUGGUGCGUGCAUUGUUGAAGCAGUAUCAAGAACAGACAAACGUUAUUGUUUGGGAAGAAAGUGAUUACCGACAGUUACCUUCACUCAGUGAAAGUGAACAUACGGCAGAUUCAACUUGGAAUGGUUCAACAGAUACAUCUGAUCGAGGAAGCAUCUUCAAUUUUCAUACUUGCUCCUCCUUCGACCUCAUAACGCCGGUAGAGGAGAGAUCUGAAUCUUUUGCAAAAGAUAUUUGCAGCCCAAAACUGGAAUUUUCAUCUCCAUUGUCAUUAUCUGAUGAAGGUUUCGCAAGUAAAAAUUCUACACACUAG